UGUAGGCAGGGGAGCGUGUAUACCCCCGGCCCCUGCUUUCGCGCCGUCGCGGACGAGGCCGGAGAUUAGGCAUGUGGCUACGCCCCGGGGCAGCCUCCCUUUCGGUUUUAUGACCGCUGAGGAGUUGGAGGACCACCGCAGAAGGGAUUUGACGGAGAUCGACCAGCGCAUUUUGAGGUCAGUCCCGGAGGAGGGGAAGUUGCCUCACGUGCAGGACUUAUCUUGGGGGCCAGCCAACCCCAGCUUACCUUCUGGGUGUUCCAUCGCAGCGCCAUCUGGCGGGGCUGCUGGGGGCGUACCUUGUGGAGGUUCCAUCGCAGCGGCAUCUGGCGGGGCCGGAGGGGACUUACCAUCUGGAGGUUUGGUCGCAGGGCCAUCUGGAGGCGCCGCAGGCCCUUCGUCACCCUUGACCGCAGCUCCGAGGGAGGGCGACAGUCUCACCCCGAGGUCGGUUGACCGUAGACGGAGAGACACUACCCAGCGUGCACGGGAGUUGCUGGACACCAUGUUGUUCGGUCGCACAGAUCGACCAUGGAGCGAGACGAGACGGGUGACGACGGCGAGUGCCGGUCGUCAGCCAGGUUUGAGAGGGGCUUCCACGACCGUGAGACGUCGAGAUGUUGUAGCUUCAGGGUUUGGUGGUAGAGGCGGUGGCGGCGGUGGCAACGGUGGCCAGGGCGACGACAUACGUGAGGGUGAAGGUGUUUCCGCAGCGAGCGCAGUGGAUCCGCCCUUGACGUACGGUUUGAGAGAGGCGUCGAUUAUUUUGCAUGAGCCUGACGUUGUUACACGACCGAGGCAGGAGAGACACGUGCCAUUAGAUCGAUGCCAGGAGGGGGAGACUUCAGGGACAGACUGUCUACCUAUGGCACGCGAGUCACGCCGAAGUGAUGACGUAGCAGUCGCAGGUGUAGGCAGGACGUUGAGAGGCAGGAGACUCAUUAUGGACGACGACCCCGGCGAGUGUCCCGCCGCUCCCGAGCCUUCUGCUGCAAGACGCGGUGGCCAGCGUCAGAGAGAUCGACUGCGUGGCACUGGUCGGAGGGGAGGUGGCGGUUCUCAUCGGUCCGAGCGAGAUCCGCAUGCGCACGACGAUCGUUGACGGAUCACGGACUUGCGUUUUCGUGACAUUCUGAGUGUACUUUAGUUUUUUGUUAUCCAUGAC